CCGACCCGGCAGCCGCGGCUCCUCGGCGCCCGGCCCAGCACCUGCUGCCCUCGCCCGGCCCCGGGCGGCGCUGCCAUGCGCCUGGCGCUGCUCUGGGCCCUGGGGCUCCUGGGCGCGGGCAGCCCAUUGCCCUCCCGGCCGCUCCCAGAUAUAGGUGUCACUGAGGAGACGCAGGCAAGGCCAGAGAGGGCCCAGAAUGGACCUCUGGAGCCCCAGAUCCUUCAGGACAACCUCACGUUCAGCCUAGCACAAGCGCUUCAGACCAGUCUGCCUGAGGCUUUGCGGAUCAAACUGGAAUUGGAUGGUGAGAGUCAUAUCCUGGAGCUGCUGCAGAAUAGGGAGCUAGUCUCAGGGCGCCCAACCCUGGUGUGGUACCAGCCUGAUGGCACCCGAGUGGUCAGUGAGGGCCAUACUCUGGAGAACUGCUGCUACGAGGGGAGAGUACGUGGCCACGCGCACUCCUGGGUCUCUCUCUGCACCUGCUCCGGGCUCAGGGGCGUAGUGAUCCUGUCCCCAGAAAGAAGCUACUCUGUGGAGCUGGGGCCCGGGGACCUUCAGGGUCCCCCAGUUAUCUCCCGGAUCCAAGACCUCCUCCUGCCACGCCACACUUGUGCCCUGAGCUGGCCUACAUCUGUGCUCACUCAGGCUCUACCGGAGCACCCCCUGGGACCACGUCACACUCGCCGGUGGAGGCGGGAUGUGGUGACAGAGACCAAGAUUGUUGAGCUGGUGAUUGUGGCUGACCAUGCCGAGGUCCAGAGGCACCGGGGCUUCCAGAGCCUCCUGAACCGCACCCUGGAAGUGGCCCUCCUCCUGGACACAUUCUUCAGGCCUAUGAAUGUCCGGGUGGCACUGGUGGGCCUGGAGGCCUGGACCCAGCACAACCUGAUAGAAAUAAGCCAGCACCCAGGUCUCACACUAGACAGCUUCCUCCACUGGCGCCGGACAAACCUGCUGCCUCGGUUGCCCCACGACAGCGCCCAGCUGGUGACUGCCACUUCAUUCUCUGGGCCCAUGGUGGGCAUGGCCAUUCAGAACUCCAUCUGUUCUCCUGAGUUUUCAGGAGGCGUGAACAUGGACCACUCCACGAGCAUCCUGGGAGUCGCCUCCUCAAUAGCCCACGAGCUGGGACACAGCCUGGGCCUGGGCCAUGACUCCCCUGGGAACAGCUGCCCCUGUCCGGGUCCAGCCCCAGCCAAGAGCUGCAUCAUGGAGGCCUCUACAGACUUCCUGCCAGGCUUGAACUUCAGCAACUGCAGCCGACAGGCCCUGGAAAAAGCCCUCCUGGGUGGGAUGGGCAGCUGCCUCUUUGAACGGCUGUCCGGUCUGCCUUCUAUGGCCAGUGUCUGCGGAAAUAUGUUGGUGGAGCCCGGCGAGCAGUGUGACUGUGGCUUCCCAGGUGACUGCACUGAUCCCUGCUGUGACUACUUCACCUGCCAGCUGAGGCCAGGGGCCCAGUGUGCAUCUGAUGGACUCUGCUGUCACAGUUGCCAGCUGCGUCCAGCUGGCUGGAAGUGUCGCCCCACCAGAGGUGACUGUGACUUGCCCGAGUUCUGCCCAGGAGACAGCUCCCAGUGCCCCCCGGAUGUCAGCAUGGGGGACGGUGAGCCCUGUGCUGGAGGACAGGCUGUGUGCAUGCAAGGACGUUGUGCCUCCUACGCCCAGCAGUGCCGGGCUCUCUGGGGGCCUGGGGCCACGCCCGCCGCACCACUCUGCCUCCUUACUGCCAAUACCAGAGGGGACGCCUUUGGGAGCUGCGGGCGCAAUGCUGAUGGCAGUUAUGUGUCCUGUGCCCCUCGAGAUGCCGUGUGUGGGCAACUCCAGUGCCAGGGUGGGAGGGCCCAGCCUCUGCUAGGCUCAGCCCGGGAUCAUCGCUGGGAGAUGCUAGCAGCCAACGGGACCCAGCUGAAGUUGAACUGCAGCUGGGUACACCUGGACCUGGGCAACGACGUGGCCCAGCCCCUCUUGACUCUGCCUGGCACAGCCUGUGGCCCCGGCCUGGUGUGUGUUGAGCAGCAGUGCCAGCCAGUAGAGGUCCUGGGAGCACAGGAAUGUCGAAGGAGAUGCCACGGGCAUGGGGUCUGCGACAGCAACAGACGCUGCCACUGUGAGGAGGGCUGGGCACCCCCAGACUGCACCACCCACGUCAGAGCAACCAGCUCCCUGACCACAGGGCUGCCCCUCAGCCUUCUGUUGUUGCUGGUCCUGGUGCUCCUUGGUGCCAGCUACUGGCACCGUGCCCGCCUGCGCCAACGACUCUGCCAGCUCAAAGGACCCAGCUGCCAAUACAGGGCAGCCCAGUCUGGUCCCCCAGAACGCCCAGGACCCCCACAGAGGGCCCUGGUGAUGCCGGGUGCCAAGCAGGCUAGUGCUCUUGGCUUCCCGGCCCCUCCUUCCAGGCCGCUGCCUCCUGACCCUGUGCCCAAGAGACUCCAGGCUGAGCUGGCAGACCGACCCAAUCCCCCCACCCGCCCUCUGCCCGCUGACCCGGUGGUGAGGCGCCCAAAGUCACAGGGGCCCACCAAGCCCCCACCCCCGAGAAAGCCACUGCCUGCUGACCCUCAUGGCCGGCGCCCUUCUGGUGACCUGCCUGGCCCUGGAGCUGGAAUCCCGCCCCCAGUGGUACCCUCCAGGCCUGCGCCGCCGCCCCCAGCAGCGUCCUCGCUCUACCUCUAACUUCUCCUGAGGUUCUGUUGCCUCCAGCCUGGACUUAGGACGCCAAUAGGCAGUCCUGACCCCUGAAACCCCCCACGGUGACUGAAGGAGCCGGAGCCUGGACGCUGUGGAGCAGGAGUCUUAAGGCACCGGGUAUCUUCACUUGCUGUCAAACAGCACUCUGGGGACUGGCCCACGCCGCGGCAUCUGGGGGUUGGGGAGGGUCUGGGAGCUGGACGGAGCUGAAGGAAGUGCGCACAGCCUGUCUGCUGAGUUACAAUAAAAGCGAGGU